AAUUAUUUGGGUGGGUGGACUGGAACUUAGGAGUUUGGACCUCUUUACUCAUAUGAAAUUGAAGUCUUUACUCUGCAAUUGCAGUUACGGCAGUCAGACAGCUCUUAGGCUUUGGGCAUAAAUGGUUUUUAGAUUUCAGUGGUCCUCAUGGAUGCUUCUUUGAGCAGAGUCUGGUCUUGCAUCUUUAAUUAUGACAUGAGAUUUUAAGAGUAUGAUAUCAAAAACUGAAAAAAAAAAAUGGAUAUUAAACAUAGUGAGUAAUUACCCUGAACUCACCUAACAAGGGGAAAUUUUCAAAAAAUAUAUUUAUAGACUUUGAUACCAAAAUUUGAGUGUUGAGUUAUCAAGUGCACUGACAAUUUUAUGAUUCAGAAAAGAAGAACGUUGUGUGUGCAUAACAUAAGCCUAUAUUGCUGAUAGCAUGGGCUUCUAACCUUUGAAGCUCUUUUGGCAUUUAAACCUUGAUGAUAAUGCAGAGCAUACUUCAUAAGCAUUAUAGGUAGAAAGCUUAACACAAACUACCUUUAUUUUGUCAAAAGCAAAACAUUUCUCAACCAUUCUUCUCAUAAUCAUCCCUAAAAAAUCAUUUUUAUCAUUGGAUCUAAGAAAUUGUCUACUUGGAAUUUGUACUGGAUGUCAAGAGGACGGAUAGUGCCAUGGGUGUAUAUGUCAUCCCUAUUGACGAUGCCAGGCCAAGUAAUCCUGACAUCAAUAUGGUACAUUAUUGACUAUGAACGAAUUUUUUAUUGGCAUUCGUUAAUCUGUCUUUAUGCAUAACUGUCAGAUAUUUAUUAUGAUUGUUAAUGUAUGAUCUUGUGAAAUCGAUGAAGAUUAGUUAGGAUUUGAGCAUUUACAUGUACUUGUAAUGGUUAUUUUAUGACGUUUUUCAAUUAGUUCAUCACUAUCUACUUUGCAGCUGGACAGCAAUCACUCAGUUAGUCCACCACGGGAUGCUUUAUGUUCCAAUUGGUUACACCUUUGGUUCUGGAAUGUUCAGAAUGGAAUCAAUUCGUGGAGGGUCCGCAUAUGGUGCAGGAGUUUUCUCUGGUGAUGGCACGAGGGUACCCAGUGAAAUGGAGCUGGCCCUUGCCGAGCAUCAAGGAAAGUACAUGGCUGCAAUAGUCAAAAAGUUUGCACAGCCUCCUUCACACGCGCCUGCUGACAGCCUCAACUAGCCCUCCAAAACACUAUUUAUUCCUCAUCUCUGCAUUUCCUCUAAGCAUAUUUGAUUUUUGAGUCUUCAGAUAUCAUUUGUCAAUAGAUUUUGGAUAACUGAGGAACCCAUACCGUAUUUACAGUCUUGUAUUUGUAUCAUAUGGUUGAGAUUCCUCUUCUUUUUUUAUUGUAGAAGUGGUUCAUCAAUAAAAUGGUUGGAUUUCU